UUGCCUUUCGGGUGUGCGCUAGAAACCGCUGAGAUUCGGUUUGGUUUGAUCCGGGGCGGAGCGGGGGGCGGGGCGGGGCAGGAUUUGCCCGGAGGGAAGAAAAAGGACUUGAUUUUUGGGAUCGCGCAGAGGGGUGGUUCAGGGUGGUUCUCGCCGCCUGUCCCGGGAUACCAGCGGCUAUGAGCUUUUGAGAUUUGGCCGCUUUUUGAGUACUUUGUGCUGACUUUCUGGGACAAGUAGAUCCUUUUUCAUUCUUUCUCUUAGCGAAGGCAGGUGGGGGGCGAGGAACUACCAAGACUCUGAGACUUUAUAUAGAAUUUUGAGUUUAAAGAAUUGGCGAACUAGCGAGUUAAUUCGUUAAAACAUUUCUUUGAGAUUGAAACGUUGAUUUUGAGGCUUUGUUGGUAACCUCGUUUGAUCAAUGACAGUGCAGUCUUCCUGGUUUACUCUAAAUACAUAAAUGCGAGGCGAAAGAAAAUAUAGGCACGAUUGUUUGAGAACUUGGUUAGAGAUCGCUUCCUUCCCUCCUCUACCUGGCUCUCCCCAAAUUAGGACUGCUCUAGGGUUUUAAACUACUUUAAUAGUUACAAGUAGUGAUUUUACAAGCAGCUUUUCUUCACGGUGUUUUACGAAAACAGGGCAUGGGCUCGAUUCAGUGCUGGGCGAUGGGAUAAAGUUACGGCGGCAUUAUCCUCCGUCCGGCAACUUUGUGGUCGGGUUAAGUUUGAUACGGACAGAAGGGCUAGUUUUGAGAGGAUUUUUAGAAAACGAUUGUUCAGUGUUUUGACACAAUUUUGAUUCAAAAAAAUUGGGUGUUGUAAUCUGCCUUGGUUUUGCUAUGUAUUUUCUUCAGUGGUUUUCGGGUGAAACGCUGUUCUCAUCCUUCACAUUUUCGAUCAAUCUUGGAAGCUGAAUCUUCAAAUGACUUUUGAAAAAUGCCUUUGAAAUGCCUUUAAAGUUUAAAAAACGUCUUUAAAAAAAACCCAGGUGGCUUCUUGUUCUUACGUUAUCAAGAGUUUAGGUUUUCUAUCGUAAAAUACAAAAGAGCUUCAUUUUAAGUAAACUCAUUUUGCAGGAUUUUGAGUUUAAUGAAUUAUAUUAAUUAACUUUGCAUAAUCCAGUCAUGGUUAGGCUCUAAGAAAUUGUCGUGGAAACUAUCUUAUGUGAAGACGGGAAAGGAACUAAAAUUGAUGCUGUGCCUGCUGUGAACCAGUCAUGGUACUCAGUGGUUAACUGCGUCAUUUGGUCUUACACAGCCCUGUGAAGUAGGUAUUAUUCCAACUUUACGAGUUAAGAAAUUGAGGCACAGAGAGUUUAAAUACCUGCUUGAAGCAAAAUAGCAAAUUUUGCAAUUUGGAUUUGGAUUCGAGUAUUUUUUAAAGCCCAGUUCUUUGCAUUAUGUCCUGGUUUUUAAAAUUUGUUUACAAGAAACGGUUGCUGUAUCCGCAGUAUACAGGUGCAAUGUGAAUGAAAAUUACAUUUUUUUGGCCCUGAGUAUUUAUUGUCCGUGUGCUCCGUGACAAAUAGUUCUGUUGAGAGGAUGUUAUGAAUAUCCAAAUAAUGAAAUAACAGUUGCAAACAGUGAGUGCCUUUGCUAUGCCAGCCAUGAAUUCUAAACACUUGACGUGUAUUAAUUCAUUUAAUCCUCAUAACCCCGUGUGAGGUCUGUACUAUUAUCACCAUAUUACAAAUUAAAAAAAAAAAAAAAAACAGAGAAGUCACACAACUAGUAAAUGGAGGAGCUGGGACCUAAAGCCGAGGUAUUCUGGCCCCAAGCCUAAGGUCUUUAUGCUAUUUGAUGUUUCCCUUUGUCUAACAAUUACCUUAAAAGCAUUACUGUGUGAGUGUUCUGGUACUUUGGGGAAAGCAGUGUCACUUUUGGAUGGGAUGACUUAGCACCUUUGCUUUGUGGAGAUGGAACUUGAGUUGAGCUUUGAAGUUGAAUAGGUUCUCCUAGGUGGAGAACCAGCAGGGUAUUGUGGGUAGAGGUCAUGACAGGAGUGAGAGGUUCAAAGAGUGCAAGACUGGUGAUUUGUAAAUGUGCCACAGAGUUAGAAAUAUCUGAAGUCUAGUGGUGGACUCAAUGAAUGCUGCAUCUAUGUCUAACUACAGCCAAGUUUUGGCUGCAGUGUAAUUAAUCCAGUAGAGAAUUGUCUCAUUUUAAGAGUCUAUAAUGGUGGUGGCGGACUUUGUCUAUAAAAGGCCAGAUAAUAAAUAUUUUAGGCUUAGAGCAGGGGGACAGGUGGUAAGAGGUGAUCUCACUUGAGGAGUGUGGAGGCUUCUGACUGUGUAAGGACCUUGUAGGCCAUUAUAGGAGUUUGGGUUUUAUUUUGUUAUUGUUAGAGAAGGGAUUCCAGGUGAUUUUAAUAAUGAAUAAGUAAAACCCAUAGACCCUGGAGCCAGACUGCACCACUGUCUAGCUGUGAGACCUGGAUAGAUUAUUUAACCUCACUUAGCCUCAAUUUUCUCUUAAGAAAAAUGGGGAUAAUAACAGAGCCUGCCCUAUAGGAUUGUCAGGAAUACUAAAUGAGUUAACACACAUCAAGUGCUUAGAACAUUGCCUGGCACAGAGUCGGCUGUAAAAUCUGUUAGGUAUUAUUAUCUGUACCUUGUGGUAUAUUCCAAAUUUUCUAUAGUGAAACAUACGUAAUGAAAAAUUACACAUAUAAAAUAUAAAACAAAAUUUUUAGAAGUACAAUGAGAUUAUAGGAAAUACUAUUAGAGUUGGGAAAUUUGAAUUCAAUAUUCUUAUUCCUUGAGAGUUCAAGUAGAGGUGCAAGACUGCUCCACAGUCUUCUUUGUCAGAUAUCUAUGAACUGGGGACGUCUUACAUAAAUCAUGGCCUAUCUGCAAGAUAGAAAAUGAGGAAGUUGUUAGAGUGACUACAGUAUAUCUAAAGGUAUUGGUUUGGAAAGACCUAGCCCACCAUUGAUUAUUUUUGCCUGUUUUUGAGCUUUAGAUCAAUUGAAUCAUACAGUAUGUUCUCUUUUGUAUCUGAGUUUUACUCACCUGUAUGGUUGUGAGAUUCAUCUUCAUGUGUGGCAAUGGUUGGUUCAUUCUCAUUGCUGUGUAGGCUUCCUUUGUAUGAAAACACAGCAGUUUAUUCAUUAUUAGUCUUAUAAUCAGAAUAAAACAACCAGUUUAAAGAAUAAAGGUUAUACCUCAAAUUGGAGGUUGUUUUUUUUUUUGUUUUGUUUUGUUUUGUUUUGAGAGAGAGAGAACAUAAGUGGGGAGGGGAAGAGGGAGAAAGAGAAUCUUUUUUUUUUUUAAUUUAAAGAUUUAUUUAUCUGAGGGGGAGAGAGAGAGCACGAGUGGGGGGAGGGGCAAAGGGCAGGAAACCCAAGUAGACACAGGGCUCCUUCCCACAACCCUGAGAUCAUGACCUGAGCUGAAACCAGGAGUCCAACACUCAACUGCCUGAGCCACCCAGGGGCCCCUCAGCUCCUUUCAAAAAGCAGUUAGGAGUUGUGUUCCCUUGUUCGUUUUUUUCCAGCAUUUACUCUGUAGCCUUUCAGUUGUGAAGCAUUCACUUCACAAUUUGGAAUUUGCGUGUGAUCUUGAUUCUUAUUCCUAGGUGUGGCAGCCUAGCCCUUCAAGUUUUAAAGGUUUAUUCUAAAUCACUAAUGGAUGAGUUAUUGUUUUGUCACUCUCUAAAAUUCAGCCAGGGCUCCAAUUCACUUGGAGUUGGCAUUCGGAGAACAUAACCCUAUUAAGUUGAUUAUGGUAGUAAGUCUGUGAAGUAACUAUUUUAUGUGUUGUUUUUCAGGAGUAGGUGGUUUACCACCCCUAGGUGACCAAGCAGUUCCACAAAUAAACCCUCCAGCAAGCUUAAAUAUAAUUAGGCCCAACUCUGAGGAGGUGGAGUGCUGCUGUUGCACAAAAAAGAUGUCUAGCGCCUCCAGUGAAGUUGAUGUGAUAAGAACACGAAUACCUGCUUAUGAUGAUGAUAACACUGUUCUUUAUGCAUAUGAACCAAACACUGCAUAUGUCAAUAAUCAGGAAAGCGUGAUGUCUGACGCAUCCUACAACGAAGAACAACAAAAAACAGUUACGGAUGUCCUCACUCAUUGUCAGGUCAUCUAUGAUGCUAUUCAAAAUCUGGAUAAGAAAUUUGAUGUCAUUCAUGGAAAAGUUUCAAAAAUCCACCGUUUUCGUGUGAAAUCAUUGUGGCAGAAUCGCAAGCACCUUGGAUAUGCCUACAGAAAUUAUAAUUACCUGCUUUCCAGAAAGAUCAGAUUCCAGAAAAUGAGGAAAAAGGAGCCUCCUUCUUCAUUCUCUUACCCUGAAAGUUAUAGCCCAACUAUGCCGGUGGAGAGGCCAGCAAAUGAUUCCCCGAUCAACCCGGUAGGAACACCCUACCAUUCAGAAGAGGGGUCCCCAGAACGGGAUCCGGAGUCACUCCUCCAGGAGCAGGAGCCAAAUCUGAGCCAGAGUCCGACACUUCCCUCCAUGUAUUCUCCACAUUCAUUUCAGCCAUAUUUCACACCUGAUGAUCCAGUGCAGGGCUCCUCUUCCAUGCCCUGCUAUUCCAGCCCAGGGGCCCACAGCACCCACAAUAUCUUCUCACCUACCCGAGCUGCUGCAACAGUAUCUGGAUCCAUGCUGGGUCAAGGUGAGCCCAGUCCGGCACAUAACCUGGAGGUGACGACUUACCCAACUCUAAUGGAAAAUAAGGGCCUCGGCCGUACUGCCUCAUCUCUUUGUAUGCCGCCCAACUUUGCUACAAGUUCACCAAUUGGAACUGACCCAAGGAUCCUAAAACAAAACUUCUCUGAUGACCCUUCAACCUGGUCCGUGGAUGAAGUGAUCCAGUUUCUGAAACAUAUAGAUCCUCAGACACUCACCCCCAUCGCUGACCUUUUCAGGCAACAUGACAUUGACGGGAAGGCUCUGCUACUCCUCAACAGUGACAUGAUGAUGAAGUACAUGGGGCUGAAGCUGGGGACAGCUGUGAAGUUGUGCCACUACAUUGAUAGGCUUAAAGAAGAAAAAUUCUUUAACAACUGAAAACACGUUAGUGUAGAUUUAGCUUCGACUUCAUUCAGGGUAGACCGGUGCCAUUUCGGUGUAAAAUCAUUUUUCUGCCCUUAGAAGUUUUUGUGUAGAAGGUUCUUUUAAAACUAUGUUCUGUCCAGAAUUGCACAACUACAUUACAGUCUGGUCUACUAUUUUAGAAGCCAUUUAACAUGUUAGUAUUGGCAUACUCAGAUUGGGAGUUUGUUUUUUAUAUCUUUUUAUCAUUUUCAUUGUAUAGUUUACAAAUGUACUUCACACAAGAAACAGAAACACCUUUAAUUUCUGUUCAUCUUUACCUAUAGAACCAAAACAGCUGAAUCCCAAAGAGUAAAUAUCAGGGACUGAAAAGUUCUCUAAUAAAUCUAUGGGUUUUCCUUAUAAGAAAACUUAAAGAUGCAACUGUAGAUAGCAUCUUUCUAAAAUAUUUUAUGUUUGUUACUGUAAGGUUCUGUUCAUGUUCUACCAGCUUCCCAAAAGGGAAAGCCAUAUAAAUUAUUUUCCUUUGUUUUGUUAUUUCUAUAUAUGUUAUAUUCCUAUUUAAAGAAAAAGCAACCUUAUAAGCUUUCGUAAAAUAUUCUUCCCAGUUUUUAGAUAAAUUCUUAGAUAGAAUGGUCAUUUUAUGCAAGAGAUACUUAGUUUAAAACUUACAUAUUUUGCCUAAGCUUGGACAUUUCACUAGGCAUUCAUUGCUCACAUCUCUCUAUAAAGAUGCCUUUGUCCAAAUUUUUGAAAGAUAUAUAUUUUAUUGUCUGUGUUCAUAAUGAUGCUGUUUCAUAUUUAUAUUUUAUCCUGUAUCUGAAGUAUACACACAAGUAAAUCUUUUCGUUUUGAAUUUAAGAAUAGCACUUUGCACUUCACAGAUGUAAAGAUGAACUAUAUUUAGUGAGAUGUUUUUAUUCUGUUAAAAAUAUUCGCACAUUUGCCGUCACUAGUACCUCGUAGCUGACUCUAGGACUUCCAUACCGGGAAGCUCUCUGUCCUGUGCAAUGUUUCCGGUUCAUUUGCUUUCUGAGCCAUUUAUCCUACUAAACUUUGGAAGAUAUGUUAGCUCGAAUUUGUCAUUUUGGACUUUAUUUUUAAAAAUUAGAACUUUCAAGUGAAAACUGUUCCUUGUUUUGUUAUUUAUUACCUUGUUAUAUUGUAUAACAUUUGAUAUAAUACUUACAAGCUGUGAGAAUUGGUGCUAAGUGUAUUAGCCAUUUGUUAUAAAUGCCAAUAAAAUGUUCACCAGGGGCAAAAAUGUACAUUUUCCUUUUCAAAAACCAAGUGUACUUUAUAAACAAAUGUAAUUCUUUACUGGGCAUAUGUAAUUUAAAAGGUGUUUUUAUUUAUGUUAUUCAUUUAUGUUAUUUCUUGUAAGACAAGAUUCUAUUUUAAACUUGAUCUCUCAAAUUGUUUGUGUGAAGAUGCUGUGCCCAGUUCAACAGUCCUCAGGUGUUUGUAUGAAUACUAUGUUUUACAGUUUUCAGAUUUUAAAAUAUAAUAAAGUUUUAAAACCACAAUAA